UUUUUGCAAGGUCAGUCAUUAACCAGCCGAACAAAAUGUGCUUGAAGACGUUGUGGUUUUUUUCUUUUUAUUUUGUUUGCUUGCUUUAUCUUCUGCUGUGCGUGGUUGUAAUGUAAAAAAAGAAAAGAAAAACAAAGAGAUGCGCUUAGUGUGAUGUCUUUUGUGGACCCUGAAAAGUAACAGUAUACUACGUGUGUGGAAAUAGAUAUAAAUGGAUAUGCUCAUAAACGUGUAUCUUUACGAACUAGCAUCUCGCCUCUUUGUGGUGGGUGAACUUUAAACAUCACGGAUCCGACUAUUCAUUUGUAAAUUUCCUUCAUGUCUUGAAUUCGGGAAUGAAUUGUUCUUUUUGAAAAUGCUGCUUUGGAUUUUGUUGCUGAAGGCGGCUCUUUGUGUUGCUACUGGAAAUGUUACAAGGGACGUUUGUAAAGAGCAGAUCUGUUCCUGCAAUGAGAUAGAAGGCGAUUUGCACAUUGACUGCGAAAAAAGGAGCUUUUCUAAUCUGCACCAUUUAACCGCCCCGAGUUCUCAGUUUUAUCAUUUACUGUUGCAUGGAAAUUCACUGACUAGGCUGUUCCCAAAUGAGUUUGCUAACUUUUACAACGCCGUGAGUCUGCAUUUGGAAAACAAUGGUUUGCACGAAAUUGUUCCUGGGGCUUUCUUGGGAUUACAGUUAGUGAAGCGACUUCAUAUCAAUAAUAAUAAAAUCCGAGCUUUUAAAAAGAACACGUUUCUAGGCUUGGACGAUCUGGAGUACAUGCAAGCCGAUUUUAAUCUUUUAAGGGAUAUUGACCCAGGAGUGUUCAGGGACUUAAAUAAACUAGAAGUUCUCAUAUUAAAUGACAACCUAAUCAGCGCACUUCCUACUAAUGUUUUUCAGCACGUACCGAUAACGCACCUCGAUCUCAGAGGAAACCGAAUUAAAACACUGCCUUACGAAGGGGUCCUUGAACAGAUACCAGGCAUUGCCGAAAUCCUGCUGGAAGAUAACCCAUGGGACUGCAGUUGCGAUCUGGUCUCUCUGAAGGAAUGGCUGGAGAACAUCCCGAAAAACGCUCUGAUCGGAAGAGUGAUCUGCGAGGCCCCUACUCGUCUGCAAGGCAACGACUUAAACGAGACGUCGGAGCAUGAUUUGUGCCCGUCAAAAAAUGGAAUUGACCCUAGCUUAGAGGUGCCUCCUACCCAGGAAGAGACCUGUGACCCUGGACCGAUUCCAACCCCCUUCAGAAUAAGCGGAGAAGCGGAGCCAUCGACUUAUGGUCCCUCACACAAGGAUCGUGUGAAAUCACGGGGAAACUGGAGGCUGAAAACUAUACAACCAUCCCGUGUCGUAACCAUCAAUGGGAAAGGCGAUCCCCCCUAUAAUGACUUGUGCCCACUUUCCUGCACUUGUGAGCUGCAAGAGUCUAACCCGGGGUUAAAAGUUAAUUGCAAGGGAAAAGAGCUCGAAAGUUUAGCUGAUCUGAAACCAAAACCUAGCAACGUACAAGAAUUGAAUCUGCGGGAUAACAGCGUGCACACUGUUCGAAAAGCCCAUUUCAUAGGCUAUCAGAAUCUAAACCUCCUUGAUUUGGGGAAUAACGUCAUCAAAGUAAUAGAAAACGGCACUUUCCAAAACCUCACUGAACUGCGCUGGUUGUAUUUUGAUAAAAACUAUCUGGAAAGCCUUAUGUCGGAAAUGUUUGCAGGGCUGCAAAACCUAGAAUAUCUGAACUUGGAAUAUAACUCUAUACAGCUCAUACUGCCAGGAACAUUCAACUCAAUGCCAAAUCUACGGGUUCUCAUCCUAAAUAACAACCUAAUGAAGUCUCUGCCAGUGGACGUUUUUAUUGGUGUGUCGUUGUCAAAAAUUAGUCUGCAUAAUAAUUAUUUCGCAUUUCUUCCUGUAAGUGGGGUUUUAGACCAGCUUGUGUCUAUUAUACAGAUUGAUCUGCAUGGGAAUCCAUGGGACUGCACCUGCAAUAUUGUGCCUUUCAAGCAGUGGACUGAAAGGCUCGGACCUGAGGUCAUUGUAAGUGAUUUAAAGUGCGAAUUACCAGAAGAAUUCUUGGACAAGGACUUUAGGUCGCUGAGAAACGAUGCUAUGUGUCCUCGCCUGUAUGACAAAAUCUUCCCUACGUCUCUGUCCAAAAACAGCACAGCUAUUGUUGAUACCGGGACUCGCUCCAAUUCCUAUCUGGAAACCAGUCGAGUGUCGAUCUCGGUGCUGGUUCCUGGUCUUCUCCUCGUUUUUGUAACUUCUGCAUUCACAGUUGUGGGGAUGCUUGUCUUUAUACUGAGGAAUCGCAAGAGAUCAAAGCGAAGAGAUGCCAACUCGUCUGCUUCGGAGAUCAAUUCUUUACAGACAGUAUGCGACUCCUCUUACUGGCACAGCGGGCCUUAUCAUGCAGAUGGAUCCCACAGAGUUUAUGAAUGUGGCACCCACUCACUUUCUGAUUAGAGAUUACAGCCUUUUUUUUUCUUCUUUUUUUUUUUUUUUUUUACUUUUUCCUUUGGGUAUCCCACGCCAGAAGGAUCAAACAAAAUAGAUUCCUAGUGCAAAUGAAGAAGAGGAUGGUUCAAAGAAUAUGAAUGGGGAAAAAAAAGAAAUGCAGACAGCUUAGCAGAGUUGGGGCUUUUUGUUUUUGCACCAUUCACCUGCAUUGCCGAGGCAAAAUUAUCUGACGUAAACUUGUGUAAAAUAUGUAAAGCUGCAUUCUCAUUCAGAUAAUAUUUGCUGCAGAUAUGCGAGAAAGACCGUAACAGGAUGAGUCUGACGGAAAAGCUGCACGAACGCAUGAAUGUAAUGUAAAUAAAUGACUAAUUAUAUCAAACGCUGCAUGACUCGCAUGAUGUGAACACUCCACUGGGACCCAUAUCAUAGGUAUACAAGACAUGAAGCCCUUCGUUAAAGUUUAUAUAUAUAUAUAUAAAUAUAUAUAUAAAUCUAUAUAAAUAUAUUCAAAGUGCCAUUUCUCUAUUUUUUGUGGAAAACGCAGUACAGAAUUUGUAUCUUUGUUGUUUUAAAAUGUACAAAAGACAGUAUGUGCAUGUUUUCCUCUUUUUUUUUUUUCUUUUUUUUUUAUAUAAUUUGAUUGUUAAUGAGUUGCAGGAUCAAUUAUGCUUCGGCAGGAUUUUACAUACCCGAUGAAGCAUCUCCAUCUGAAUGUAAAAUUUGUAAUCCUUAUAGUGUGCCAAUUGUAAACAUUCAGAAUACAGAUGCAGUUAAGCAUGACCAAUUAACGUCACUCUUAGUGCUUAUGCUGCAAACGUAAACUGUAAAAUUGUCUGUGUUGUUGUGUUAAUAAUUACAAAACAACAAAAAGUUCAAUUUGGUAAGAAAGUAAGACUUACCAAAAUAUUCAAGGGUUUUAUAAUGGCAUAUUUUUUCAAAAUUAAAAUGUUUUCAACUAA